AUGCUCGAUAAAACCACCAUUGACGGACAGGAGGAUAUUGUCACCCACCCAGUCCCCAAGCGCCUCCUCAACUCAGCAGAAUGCCCUACACCUCAUGUCAACUCUCUUGAACAGUACAAGUCAAUGUGGAAAGAGAGUGUCGAACAACCCGAGAAGUUCUUUGGAAAUCUUGGUCGUGAGCUUUUGUCCUGGAGCAAGCCUUUCGAGACUGUCCAGUAUGGUUCCUUUGAGGCUGGAGAUGUAGCCUGGUUCUUGGAGGGUGAACUUAACGCAUCGUACAACUGUGUUGAUCGUCACGCUUUCAAGAACCCCGAUAAGAUUGCCAUCAUCCAUGAAGGCGAUGAACCCGAUCAGGUCCGCCGUAUCACUUAUGGUGAGCUUCUUAGAGAGGUCUGUCGCAUGGCCAACGUCCUCAAGGGCCUCGGUGUACGCAAGGGUGAUCCCGUUGCUAUCUACAUGCCCAUGAUUCCCGAGACCAUUGUCGCCAUCUUGGCAUGUGCCCGUAUUGGUGCUAUCCACUCUGUUGUCUUUGCUGGUUUUUCUGCCGAGUCACUCCGUGAUCGUGUUGUCGACUGUGCUACCCGUGUCGUACUGACUUCCGAUGAAGGCAGACGUGGUGGAAAGAACAUUGCCACCAAGUGCAUCGUUGACGAGGCUCUCCGUGACUACGAGAAUCACUCUGUCGAACAUGUCCUCGUCUUCCGUCGCACCGGAUCCCCAGUUCCCUGGGUUCAAGGACGCGAUGUCUGGUGGCAUGAGGAGAUGGCCAAGGCACGUACUUUCUGCUCUCCUGAGCCCAUGAGUGCUGAAGAUCCUCUCUUUUUGCUCUACACUUCUGGAUCCACUGGUACCCCCAAGGGUAUUUUGCACACCACUGGUGGCUAUCUUUUGGGUGUUGCUGCCACAGUCAAGUACAUCUUUGAUUACCAGGAGAAUGAUAUCUACGCUUGCAUGGCUGAUAUUGGAUGGGUUACUGGACAUUCUUACAUUGUUUAUGGUCCUCUCACUCUUGGUGCUACCACAGUUCUAUUCGAAUCUACCCCAACAUACCCCAACCCCUCUCGCUUCUGGCAACUGAUCGAGAAGCAUAAGAUUACCCAGUUCUACACCGCACCUACAGCUAUUCGUGCUCUGCAGCGUCUUGGAGACCAGUGGCUGGAUAACAUUGAUAUGUCAAGCCUGCGUGUACUUGGCUCUGUAGGUGAACCUAUUAACCGUGAAGCCUGGGAUUGGUACAACGAGAAGGUUGGUAAGGGUAGAUGUGCUGUUGUAGAUACCUACUGGCAAACCGAGACUGGUUCCAUCAUUGUCAGUCCUCUUCCCGGAGCUACUCCCACAAAGCCUGGAUCUGCCACUCUUCCCUUCUUUGGUAUUGACCCCGUAUUGCUUGAUCCUACUACCGGCAAGGAGUUGACUGCCACCGGCCAAACCGGUGUUCUUGCCAUCCGCAAGCCAUGGCCCUCAAUGGCUCGCUCUGUCUACAACAACCACAGCCGUUUUGUUGAGACUUAUCUCAAGCCCUACCCCGGUUACUAUUUCACAGGUGAUGGUGCUCUCCGUGAUGAUGAUGGUUAUAUCUGGAUUCGUGGACGUGUUGAUGAUGUUAUCAAUGUUUCUGGUCACCGUCUCUCCACCUCUGAGAUCGAAUCUGCUCUCGUUAACCAUGAGGCUGUUGCCGAGUCUGCUGUUGUUGGUGCCCAUGAUGAUUUGACCGGCCAAUGUAUCCAUGCUUUCGUUUCUCUGAAGCCCCAUAUUCAGAUCGCUGAUGGACUCGAAAAGGUUCUGACUUUGCAAGUUCGCAAGACUAUUGGUCCCUUUGCUGCCCCUCGUCGCAUCUACAUUGUCAGUGACCACCCCAAGACUCGUUCUGGAAAGAUCAUGCGCCGUAUUCUUAGAAAGAUCGUUAACGGAGAGCACGACCAACUCGGUGAUAUCUCUACCCUGGCUGAUCCUUCGAUUGUUGCUGUAUUGAUCAACAAGGUUCACGGUUAAACACAGAAGCAAAUAUAUAUAUAUAAUAUAUAGAGAUAAAAAAACAGGAC